GCGAAUAGUGACGGCUCGAAAUAAUCGUCACAUGAUACAAACGAUAAAUUAUUUUAUUUUGUCAUAUCCAAUAAAUUUUAAAUAUUUCAAAAUUAAUAUAACCAACACUUCGAGAGAUUGAUCGCAAAUAAAUCUGGGAAGUGACAAGAAGAACAACGUAUUUGUGAAGAAAAGCGAGAUCGUAUGUUAUUCGCAGGCAGCUACAUUAAUUAAUAUAAAACUACAUAGAUUAUUUUGUAUCGUGUUUAUAUGUUUAUUGUGAUAUAUUUUUGACGAAAUGCGCGUGGAAAUGAUGUCCGAAGAUAAAAUCGAGCGAAAUUACAACAAAGAAAUUGCAUUAUUCGUUAUACUGAAACAGUUAAUGUAAUCGAGUUUAAGAGAUUUACUGUAUAUAAGUAAGAAAAAAUACAAACAUUAUAUAAAGAUUUACCCGAGGAAGUGUAUUGUUGAGAGAUAGCAUUUAUUAAAUGUCUCUAUCAUCUGUAAAGUGUGUAACAUAAUAAAUAACAAUCUGAAUCCAAUUCUCGCCUUGUCACAAAAUAUUGACUUGUUAUUGGAAGACUGUGAGCAUCCUUUUUAGAAUAAAUCUCUCAACUAAUAGCCAUCCUUAAUUGCACUUGUAAAAUGAAGCGACCGGAAGUGUUCAGCCUUUUGUUUGUGCUAUGUGGCGUUUUAAUCUCGGCAGAGGAGCAAUAUUGUGCCUGGUAUGAUCAAAUAUCAGAUAUGAGCCCUCCACGGCCUCGUGUGGCAAUAAAUAUUACCGCCCAGCCGAUUAAUAACACGGAGGCCGAAGCUAUUCUACAAAAGAGAUGUCCGCAUUUUUUCGAAAACGAUGUAGAGUCGCCAGAAACAUGCUGCUCAGCCGAGCAAAUCAGUACGAUGGACCAAAGUAUGGUCUCCGCCGAGGGUAUUUUCAGUAGAUGCACGACUUGCAUAAGAAAUAUGUUUCGAUUGAUUUGCGACAUCACCUGCAGUCCCAAACAAAGUCAAUUCGUAAAGGUCACCAAGAGCGCCAUAAAGAAUGACAUCGAGUAUGUCGAUGAAUGUGAGGUUCACGUAACGGAAGAAUUUAUAAAUGAGACAUACGAUUCCUGUAAAAAUGUUGUCUCUCCUAGCAGUGGAAAUUUGGCGAUGGACUUGGCUUGUGGCUCGCUUGAAGCCAGUAAAUGUUCUCCUAAAUUGUGGUACGAAUUCAUGGGAGAUGCCGGAAACGAUUACGUACCAUUACAAAUGAACUACGUUUAUGACAUACCUGAUCAAUGGGGGGAUAAGCCAUGGAAUCCAAAAACAAAAAAAUGCAGCGAAGCUUAUGAUAAUUCAUCCAGAGCCUGCAGCUGCGUCGAUUGUCCUACCGCGUGUCCCUUUGUGGAAUUAAAAAUUGAUUCGGACAAUACCUUUAUGAUCGGCGAAUUUAAUGGUUACGGCAUUAUAGCGGCUAUACUUAUCGUUGUACUCACAAUUUUAGCGAGUUUUGUAUACUGCUUAUAUGGCUUAUUAAUGAGCUGUUGUAAGAAAGGUUCCUCUGAAGUGCCACCGGAAAAAAAACGAAAUUGUAGUCAGAAGUACCAAAAAAUUCUUGAAAAAGCUUUCGCCGCAUGGGGUAAAGCAUUCGCCAAGCAUCCUGACAUCAACUUGUUUGUGAUCUCGUACAUCGUUCUCGGUCUCAGUUAUGGAAUUCAUUAUCUAUCGGUGACAGUAAACCCUAUAGAAAUAUGGGCGGCGCCAAACAGUAGAUCGAGAAUAGAAAAGGAUUAUUUCGAUAAUAACUUCCAGCCAUUUUAUCGGACCGAGCAGAUUUUUAUCAAAUCCGUUGAUCUCGACAACAUAAAGCAUAAAACUCCAAACGGAAUUAUAGAUUUCGGACCUGUGUUUAAUAAGGACUUCCUACUAGCUGUAUACGAUCUACAGCAACAAAUUCUUCAGUUAGGUCAAGAAACCGACGAAGGAUUGGAAAAGAUCUGCUAUGCCCCUGUACAAAAUGAAUUCAUUGGGCCAGUUACCCUUGAUCUUUGCACGGUGCAAAGUGUAUGGGGGUACUUUCAAAACAGCAUCGAAGAAUUUAAUAAGACAGAGAUCUUUGAGGAAUAUGAAAGUAACUAUCUAGAUCGCUUGUAUAAAUGUAUGCAAAAUCCAUUUAAUGAGAAUUGUAUGGCGCCGUAUAAAGGACCCAUAAUACCUGCCUUAGCCACCGGAGGUUUUCUGAGAGAAGGCGAAUUUGAAUAUGAUUCUACGGAUUAUAGUAAAGCGACAGGAUUAAUUUUAACAUUUUUGGUGAGAAAUUCACUCAAGGAGGAGGAUCUCGUGCCAGUUAUAAAAUGGGAACAACGCUUUCUUGAUUUUAUGGCAAAAUGGGACCAAGAUGAUCGGCCAAGCUUCAUGGAUGUCGCAUGGACGACAGAGAAAUCGAUACAGGAUGAACUAGAUAGAACUUCGAAAGCGGAAGUGAUAACGAUGGUCAUCAGUUAUCUGGUCAUGUUCGUUUAUAUCGCUCUCGCUUUAGGAAAAAUCAAAGUUUCUCUCGUCAGUUGUUUUAGAGAAAGCAGAAUCGUAUUGAGCGUCGGUGGCAUCAUUGUAGUUAUAGCAUCGGUUGCUUGUUCUCUCGGGGUUUUCGGCUAUGCUGGCGUACCAACUACUCUGCUUACAAUCGAGGUAAUACCUUUCUUAGUGCUGGCUGUAGGAGUUGAUAACAUUUUCAUCUUGGUACAAAGCUAUCAAAGGAAUCCUCGACGCGGCAAUCAAUCGAUCGCCGAGCACAUUGGUACAAUUAUGGCUACGGUGGGACCCUCGAUGUUACUCACUAGCAUGUCCGAGUGUUUUUGUUUUCUUAUAGGAGCAUUUUCCUCAAUGCCGGCUGUUAACACUUUCGCGAUGUACGCCUCGUUAUCAAUCUUAAUUAAUUUUCUCCUCCAGACAACGGCUUUUGUCGCUUUAUUAUCUCUCGACUCGCGAAGGAUUGAGAACAAUCGCCUGGAUGUUUUCUGCUGCAUUUCUACUAAGGAAAAUUCAGAAACCGACAAUUACAAGGGUUUGAUUCACACGAUUUUCGAACGGGUCUACACACCGUUUCUUAUGAAGAUGCCGGUUCGAAUUAUUAUUUUAGUAAUUUUCGUUGCCGCUCUUACUACGCACGUUGUAGUCACACCGCAAAUCGAGAUCGGACUGGAUCAAAAGCUCUCGAUGCCUGAAGACUCUUAUGUUCUGAAAUACUUUAAGUACAUGGACGAUCUUUUAUCGAUGGGUCCACCAGUAUAUUUCGUAUUAAAAAAAGGUCUAGAUUAUAGCAAAACGGAAGUGCAAAAUAUCAUAUGUGGCGGGCAAGGAUGCAACACAGAUUCUUUAUACACGCAAAUAUAUUCAGCUGCUAAACAGUCCUCCGUGUCGUAUUUAUCUAAAGCAGCUUCGUCUUGGAUAGAUGAUUAUCUCGAUUGGUCGACAAUUAGUAGUUGUUGCACAUAUUAUGCUAACAAUCAAUCAUUUUGUCCACAUAUUAAUAGACAAUGCAAGAAAUGCAAGAUUCCUGUUGACAAUAUUACCUCUCGUCCAAGUGAACAAGACUUUAGAAAAUAUAUUUCUUAUUUCAUAAAUGAUAUUCCAGACGCCAUGUGUGCCAAAGCCGGAAAAGCUGCUUAUUUCGACGCAAUAAAUUUUGUCGAUGUUAAUCUGACCAAUGCGGGCGAUUCGUACUUUAUGGGUUAUCAUGCUCCUCUAAAAAAAUCAUCAGAUUGGUACGAAUCGUUGCGUGCUGCCAGGAUAAUAUCUGAAAAUAUUACAAAUAUGAUUAACAAUGCCAACGUAUCCGAACAAAAAGUCGAAGUAUUUCCAUACAGUAUUUUCUACGUGUACUACGAACAAUAUUUAACCAUCUGGAGGGAAACACUGUCGUCAAUAGGAUUGUCCCUCGUCGUGAUUUUUGUAGUAACAUUUUUUCUCACAGGAUUAUCAUUUUUCUCCGCUGUGAUUGUUCUUGUUACUGUAUUGAUGACGAUAGUCAAUUUAGCAGGCCUAAUGUACUGGUGGAACAUCAGUUUGAACGCGGUUUCUCUCGUAAAUCUAGUCAUGGCGGCUGGUAUCUCUGUAGAAUUUUGCAGUCAUAUAGUACACGCCUACGUUACUUCUACAGCCGGAACGAGGAUAGCUAAAACAUCGGAAGUACUUUCUGUUACGGGAAGUUCUGUAUUCUCAGGGAUCACUUUGACCAAAUUCGCGGGAAUCAUCGUGUUGGCAUUUGCGAAAUCGCAGAUUUUUCGAGUGUUUUAUUUCAGAAUGUAUCUAGGAAUCGUUUUAUUUGGCGCAGCGCACGGUUUAAUAUUUUUACCGGUAUUAUUAAGUUUUAUUGGACCUGUGAGAAAUAACAGUGCAAGAAUGCAUGGAAAUUAAAAGAUCAUCCCAAGUAACUCGUCACGUGCAUUGAUCUAGAUAUUUUAUUAGCAGCAUAAGUAGUGCACGUAAAUUAUAUCGUAAUUAUAAGUCUAUGAAAAGAAUUUGAACUUAUUAUUACACUUAUAUAUUUUUUAAUAUAUGCGAUAUUGUGUUAGACUGAAUACAUAGUUCUCUAUGCAUGAAUCAAUGUGACUAUCAUACUGUAUGGUUGUGAUCACCGCGAAUCAAAACGCAAUUUUUCAUCAAAUCUUUUAUUUACUCAUUAUAUCUACGAAAUAUAAUUUUCAUAAAUUUUUCUUGGUAAAAAGAAAGUCUCUCUCUCUACAUAUUACAUACUAUACUUUUUUGGUACUAAAAAUUAAAAAAUAUUGAUAUUUAUAUUUGAUGAAAAAUCAAUAGCUGAAUUCAAAUAAUUUAUAGUAAUAUAUACCAUUUAAAAAUAAUAUUGGUAUAAAAUAUAUAUCUUGAUAUUUAUUUUUCAUCCAUUACCAGAUUAAAUAUCAUGUGAUCAGUAUGUAAGAGUAAGUAAAAUACAAAUAUUUAAAACGCACUCAGUAUUUUAUUUCGUAAUAUUAUGAUAUAUUAUUCGUAAUAUUAUAAUAUCGUGUGAACUAUGAUAUUUAUAAAAUUAUACAUAAAUCUUAUGAAGUUAAAUUCUGAUUGCGUUUUAAAGCAAUCAUUCUGUAAAAAGGUCAGGAAAAAAUCAUUCAAGAUGAAUCAAUUCUGAACGUAAUUUAAUGCUUAAAUUGUAUGAGAAUGUAUCUAUUUAGAUAGAUUACAAUUUAUUCUUGUCGCGCAUUUUGACUCAAAUAAUAAUUUUUGAAAAAUAAUAUAAAAAUCGCACGCACGCGAGUAUAGACUUGAAGCGUAAAUAAAAAAAGAUUGACGCACUACUGAUACUACUACUACGCAAUUUGCGACUAGUGGUAUUUCUCUUUAUUUGCAGCUUCAAAGGCGUGUGCCUCCACGAAGUCGCAAGACUAAGUGAAGUGUAGAUUCCUUUUGAAUAUUAUAGUCGGAAAGAGUUCUGCCAUCUUCCAG